AUGGCCAUCAAUGGCCGGGUUUAUCUGUACAAUACAGAAGACUUCACCUGGAGAGCAGCUAAAGGUGUGGAGUCCAUGGUGACAGAGAUCGCUUCAUAUCAGUGCUGUUUCAGUGAGGACCCUUCUUGUAUGGCAGUGAGUUCCACGGUUCUUGCAUACAACCGAGGAGAUCCUGUCUCCAGCACGAGAAUAUUCUUCUCUUCUGAUGGGGGCUACACCUUUACAAAGUUCACAUUGCCUUCACAUUUAAAGGGAGAUGUUGGAGGAGUCUUUAACAUGCCAACGUUAUCAACUUUAUCUGUGCUGCUCAAAAAUUCUGAUGAUAUGGCAUACUUCAGCUACUGGACAUCGGAUUUGAAUUUGACUUCCAAAGUGUUCCCUCUGAAGGAGUCCUUGGCUGUGCUGUCAGUGAUCCAGCCGGCAGGGAUGAAAGGGAGUCUGGUGAUCUGGACAGAGCACUCACUGCUCUUCUCUCCAAACGACGGGCAAGUCACACGGCCCAUUGCUGUGAUUGGGAAUAACGAAUUCCCAGGGCCUGCUGUCACCCUCCAUGGUAUUGCCACAACAGGCAGCAGUGAGAUUGCUGUACUAACCAGUGAUAAGCGUCUCUUCUAUGGGAGGCUCAGCAUGGAACCUGUCAUCGUUGAGGUAAGGGCACAAGAGCUGAUGCAAGAGGAACAAGCUGUGAACACUGAGGUUUAG